GAAUUUCUUGCAGAGGAUUGAUAAUUCUCUCCUUUUCCCAUCUUUGGCAGAAUUUAGCAGUGCAUUCCCCAACUCUCAUUCAGAGAAAGAAGAAAUGAAAAGUUUGCAACUUCUCUCAUUUUUGUUGCUUUCUUGUAUCAUCAUCCCAGCAAAUACAUACGGAGGAAAGAAAAAAGAGGCACUAGGAUCACAGAGUCAGCACACUAGAACAAAGAAGGAUCAGCAAAACUUAGAAACCAAAUUUCGACUUUAUACAGAUACAACUGAAGAAGGCUGUCAGAUUUUUUUAAAUCAGUUGGAGACUCUUGACAAAUGCAGUUUCAAUGCCUCUCUUCCUCUGGUGAUAAUAGUCCAUGGCUGGUCGGUGGAUGGGAUGUUAGAAGGCUGGAUUUGGAAAAUGGCAGCAGCUCUGAAGUCUCAGCAUAAACAAAUUAAUGUGAUCAUUGCAGACUGGCUUACAUUUGCUCACCAGCACUAUCCCAUUGCUGUACAGAAUACACGCUACAUAGGACAGGAGAUAGCAGACUUCCUGGAAUGGCUGGAGGAAUCCAUUCAAUUUUCCAGAAGCAAUGUUCAUCUAAUUGGGUACAGCCUAGGAGCUCAUGUUUCAGGAUUUGCUGGAAGUUAUAUCAGUGGUACAAACAAGAUUGGGAGAAUUACAGGCCUUGACCCUGCUGGUCCCUUGUUUGAAGGAAUGUCACCAACAGACCGUUUAUCUCCAGAUGAUGCAAACUUCGUAGACGCAAUUCAUACAUUCACUAAACAGCACAUGGGUCUCAGUGUUGGCAUCAAGCAGCCUGUGGCUCAUUUCGACUUUUAUCCCAAUGGAGGCACCUUUCAGCCUGGCUGUCACAUCAUGCACGUGUAUAACCACAUUGCACAAUACGGAAUCACUGGCAUCACUCAAACUGUGAAAUGUGCCCAUGAGAGGUCAGUUCAUUUGUUCAUCGACUCUCUGCUUCACAACGAUAAGCAAAGCACAGCAUACUGGUGCAAUGACAUCAAUACUUUCAACAAAGGAAUGUGCCUCAGCUGUAGAAAGAACCGGUGUAACACACUGGGCUACAACAUCAGGGAGGAAAGGCUCCCCAAAAGUAGACAACUCUUUUUGAAAACAAGAGCACAUAUGCCUUUCAAAGUCUAUCAUUAUCAGUUCAAGAUCCACUUCAUCAAUGAAAUCCAAGGCAAGCAGAUAGACCCUACUUUUACCAUCUCUCUGACAGGCACUAAGGAGGAUGCUAAAAACCUGCCCAUCACACUAGUUGAAGGUAUUAAUGGGAAUAAAACCUACUCUUUUCUCAUCACCCUGGACACUGAUAUUGGUGAGCUAAUAAUGAUCAAGUUCAAAUGGGAAGGAACUGCAGUUUGGGAAAAUAUCUGGGACACAGUUCAAACCAUAAUACCAUGGACAAAAGGCACCCGUCGACCAGGACUUAUAGUGAAGACAAUAAGAGUGAAAGCAGGGGAGACACAGCAAAAAAUGACGUUUUGUUCUCAAAGCAUUGACAACGUUCACCUUCAUCCAGCCCAGGAGAAAACAUUUGUGAGGUGUGAAGAUCGCUUUCCGAGACAAAACAGAAAAUGAGCAAGAACACAAAAAACUACUCACCAAAUAUAUUCAAAAUACUAUACAUCUAGUAAAAUGUUUUAAAAAUACACAGCUAUGUUAAAUUUAAAUAUCCUGAUAGUUUCAGAGGUGGUAAAGAAAAUACAUUAAAAAAAAAUAAUUUAGAUUUUGUGAUACAACAGUAAGCUGAAAUAUGUGCUUUGUUCAUCUACGAGCCUACUCUCAAUGUGAUCAAUCAGCGAUUUAAUGAAGGGCAACCAUCAGUUUUAAAUUGUUUAAAGUUUUAAAAAACACCUGCUCACUAGAAAUAAAAAGAUUACUAUUUGAAAGAAUCACUGCCAUAAGCCUUUGAAAAAUUUCAUUUUGUUGAAUUUAAGGGAAAAAGGAGCCUCAUUUCCCAUUAAAUACUUUGAAACACUAAUAGUGACUACUAUCAGAUAAGACUUUCCUAAAUUAUUCCAUAAGGAAGGGAGAGUUAAAUAAUUAAUAGAAGAAAAUAUUCCCAAAUAGGUAACAUUGUUAACAAAGAGUUUGAACUUUUUACUUUGUAACAUUCAAAACCUAAAACACACCUCAACAUACAGAAUGCUUGAGCUAUCUGUCAUAACCAUAUGACAAGCCAAAUAACUAUUACCUAAAAAUGCUAUACUAAACUUUGUUCUAUUGGAAAAUGUUUUCCUGUUUAACUGUUUUAAUUGAAGUACUGAUUUAAAUUACUAGUAAUUUAAUUAUUUUAAUGAUGCUUAGUAUACUACAUGCAAUCCUAGCACAACUAAGUUCAGUUAACUUUUACAUUAAAAUCAUGUUUACCUAUUCAGGUAAGGCUCGAGAGUUUUAGAUUUUAAAUCACUGUAUAGCAGAUUUUAGCAUGAUUCAAAACUGCAUGAAUAAAUGAAAAUGGUAAAAGCCUCAAACAUCUUUAGUGUAUAUAAACAAACUUUAUAAAUUCAAACAUAACAAUUCCCUUUUUUCCUAUGUCAGAAUAUAAACUACAUAGAGAAACACUGUCUCAGAUUAUUUUUAUUUUAUGGUUAGUGCAUACUGAAAUAGAAAUCAAUAUGUAUGUCAGAGUAUUUCAUUUGUCACUUUGUAAUGCUAAGCACAAGAUUCAUUAAAAAUUAUGUUUCUACAA